AUGCCAGGGCUCAGCUGUCGAUUCUACCAGCACCGGUUCCCAGAGGUGGAGGAUGUGGUGAUGGUGAACGUGAGGUCCAUCGCUGAGAUGGGCGCCUACGUCAGCCUCCUGGAGUACAACAACAUCGAGGGCAUGAUCCUCCUGAGCGAGCUGUCCCGCCGGCGUAUUCGCUCCAUCAACAAGCUCAUCCGCAUAGGCCGCAACGAGUGCGUGGUGGUCAUCCGAGUGGACAAAGAGAAGGGAUACAUCGAUCUAUCAAAAAGAAGAGUUUCACCAGAGGAGGCCAUCAAGUGUGAAGACAAAUUCACCAAAUCCAAAACUGUGUACAGCAUCCUGCGGCACGUGGCUGAGGUGCUGGAAUACAGCAAGGACGAGCAGCUAGAGAGCCUGUACCAGCGCACCGCCUGGGUCUUUGACGAGAAAUACAAGCGGCCCGGUUACGGAGCCUACGACGUCUUCAAACAGGCCGUGUCAGAUCCCGCCAUCCUGGAUGGCCUGGACCUAACGGAAGAGGAGAGGAACGUGCUCAUUGAUAACAUCAACAGGCGACUGACCCCACAGGCGGUCAAAAUCCGAGCAGACAUCGAAGUGGCGUGUUAUGGGUAUGAAGGCAUCGAUGCGGUGAAAGAGGCUCUGCGGGCCGGACUGGGCUGCUCCACGGAGGCCAUGCCCAUCAAGAUCAACCUGAUUGCUCCCCCUCGCUACGUGAUGACGACGACCACCCUGGAGCGCACAGAGGGCCUGUCCGUGCUCAACCAGGCCAUGGCUGCUAUCAAGGAGAAGAUCGAGGAGAAGAGAGGCGUUUUCAACAUCCAGAUGGAGCCUAAGGUGGUGACGGACACGGAUGAGACGGAGCUGGCCCGACAGCUGGAGAGGUUAGAACGAGAGAACGCCGAGGUGGACGGAGACGACGAUGCCGAGGAGAUGGAGGCCAAAGCAGAAGACUAA